UCAACUUAUUACAUUACCACUUCCAUCUACAGCUCCAUCUUGGGUUUCAAACCUUAACUCGUCAGAAAUAGAGGUGAUCCAAUCCGCACAUAUUAUUAUGUUCCAUAAUAACCUGUUAUUUGUAUAACUAAAAAAAAUAUACAAAGAUAUAAUGAGGAGAAGGCUCGAGGCUGAAGCCAGAAGGGUGCUGAAGUCGCGAUGGUCAACCGGCUGAUAUUGGUGGUCGUGGUGGUGUUCAUCACCGAUUCGGUGAUGGGAACUGCUGAGGUGAUGAGCCAUGUUACGGCGCAUUUUGGGAAGGCGUUAGAGGAGUGUCGGGAAGAGUCAGGACUGCCAGUGGAGGUGAUGGAUGAGUUCAAACACUUCUGGCGCGAGGAUUUCGAGGUGGUGCACCGCGAGCUGGGCUGCGCCAUCAUCUGUAUGUCCAACAAGUUCGAGCUGCUGCAGGAUGAUACACGCAUCCAUCACGUCAACAUGCAUGAUUAUAUCAAGAGCUUCCCCAACGGCCAAGUACUAUCAGAGAAGAUGGUUCAGCUAAUUCACAACUGCGAGAAGCAAUACGACGACAUCGCGGACGAUUGUGACCGCGUGGUUAAGGUUGCAGCCUGCUUCAAGAAGGAUGCGAAGAAGGAAGGAAUUGCUCCAGAAGUGGCCAUGAUAGAAGCUGUCAUCGAGAAGUACUAACCACAACGCAUUUGGACACUGAUUUAAGUUAAGCAUGGCAUGAAAAAAGUAAAAAAAAAAUAUAUCACAAUUUGAGUAAAUGAUUUAUGUUUUCAA